AUGCGCACAUCUCGUACUUCCCAAGACACCGCCAAACUGGUGCAGGCUCUGUCGCCCCCUGCCCGGACUCGCAGCGCCUUGCGCAGCUUUGCACUCGGUGCGCCUGUUCCUGCAGGACGAUUUGACCACGCUUUGAGUGAUGACGAGUCAUCGCUUUCGUCGGUCAAUACUGUUGAUAUUGAAGAUAUCGUGGAACCGCCGGCUAAGAAGCGAAAGGCCGCGGUGGACGCGCCGGCGAAGGCUUCCAAGGUGGCGACUGCGGAGACGAAGGACCAGAAGGCUCGUCAGACUCCCAUCAAGGAUGAACCGGAAACAAAGGCCCAGAAAGCCCGUCGCACCCCAGCCCGCAAACUCCAGUCGCCCGACGGCUCCUAUCAUAUGGAACCCCCCUCCAACUGGGAGACCAUCUAUUCCACCGUUAAGAAGAUGAGGGAGGAGAAUCCCACUGCCCCUGUCGACACCAUGGGCUGCGCGGAGCUGUACUGGCGGGCGUCGUCCCCUCGAGACCGUCGAUAUCACAUUUUGACUGCUUUGAUGCUUUCCUCCCAGACUAAAGACACCGUCACGGCUGUUGCCAUGCAUCGGUUACAUACCGAGCUUGGCCAAGACCCUGUGGAAGUGGCAGUCAAGUCUGAAGAAACAGAUGAAGUAGCAGUCAAAUCUGAAGACACAGAUGAUGUGGCUGUCAAGUCCGAAGACACAGACGAACUAGCAGUCAAGCCCGAAGACAGCAAAGACAGCACUCUCAACCUGAAGAACAUCCUCGCUGUCGCUCCCGAACGACUCAACCAGCUAAUCGGGACCGUCGGCUUCCACAACAACAAGACCAAGUAUAUCAAAGCCACCGCCCUCAUCCUCCGCGAUCAGCACAAUUCCGACAUCCCGUCCACCCCAGAAGGUCUGAUGAAGCUGCCCGGCGUCGGCCCGAAAAUGGCCUAUCUCUGCAUGAGUGCCGCCUGGGGCAAGCACCUGGGUAUCGGCGUCGAUGUCCAUGUCCACCGCAUCACGAACCUCUGGGGAUGGCACAAGACUAAGAACCCCGAAGAAACACGUAUGGCGCUGGAGUCGUGGCUCCCCCAUGAUAAAUGGCACGAAAUCAAUAAAUUGCUGGUGGGUUUGGGGCAAACGGUUUGCUUACCUAUUGGCCGCCGUUGUGGCGAGUGUGAUCUAGCAGGGACUAAGCUGUGCAAGAGUGAAGUCAAAGGGCCGGUGACAAAGGGGAAGAAGACAAGAACUCGCCGCGUAACCUUUUUAGACCUACCCGAGCACGUCCAGAUCCGUAUCUUCCGACACGCCUGGCUGCUCCGGCCCUGUCCCCUCGACCUGAGGUAUGAAAAGCAUCGAACUGUCUGUCAGACUGGCAACAUCCAGUGCAAUCGAUUCCAUGGAUUUCUGCCCCCCGGCCGGAUGCCCUGGCUGAUAGUGAGGCACAUUGAUUGCCGCCACCCCAGACUACCUACCCAGCUAUUCGCGGUGUCCCGUGCCAUGCGAGAGCAAGCCGGCGCCAUCUUUUUUAGAAGAAACCGGUUCAACAUUAAACUCGACACUGUCGCCCAGUUCCGUCUCUUCCGUUCUGCAACCGAAUGGGGCGUCCAUCACAUCCGCAGUCUGCAUGUCGACAUGGGCCCGGCCUACAACCGGUAUCUGGGGCUGGGGAUUGGAAUACAUAGUCGGGUGAUGAAGACCUGGACGAAAUUCUGCCACGCGGCCGCGGAGAACAUGCCUAGCCUUCGGCACUUCAGCCUCAAGUGCAGGGUCCGAGAGUUUGAGGUCGCCUGCAAGAUGAUGGUCGCGAUGGAUCCGUUUCCGCUCCUGUCCAAUUGCGCGAUCCACAUGAUGACUUCGGUCGAUGACGAUAUUCGCCGUGUUAUCAAGCGAGCCGCCUGGAGAGUGACUGGCAAUCUGCCCGACAACAUGCCUACCUUCCCGUAUUUGCGUCUCCCUAAGGAAAUCCAGCUGAUGGUCCUAGAGAACUUGCUCACCGAUCGCUCGGAUCCGUAUCUGGCGGUCGCCGACAGCGAGGACGGCAUCGUUACCUUCCAGGACCGUCGCAACGAUCGCCGUAUUGUCUUCCCGUUAACCUGCUGCGAGAACUGCUCCCCCGUGGGGGCCAUGUGCUUUUGUCACUCGCGUCAGACGUCUUUCUCCACAAGCUGCACAUGUUUCUCCUCGCCGCUGCCGUAUUUUCUGGUCAGUCGGGGCUUCUACGAGGACGCUCGCCGGAUCUUCUUCAGCAAGAAUCACUUCGCCUUUCUAGAGGAGGACCCCGAGUUCAUGAUGCGCUUCUGGCACUACAUCCCCACGCAGUCCUUCAUGCGAAUUCGGCAGCUAUCGUUCAAAUUCCCUCUCAGCUACCGCAUGCCAUACCGACCGGGCAAGCUCGUGGACCAUUCUACUCUGCUACCCUGGCUGAUUCUGCUCCGUUUCAUCCGCGAACACUUUGACCUGCCACGUCUGUCGCUCACUAUUGUCGACCUGGGCACGAAGAACGCCUUUGCAGGCAACACAACCGAAUACCGCAUCAAGUUCAUGCGCAAGCUGCUCAAGUCGUUCGUAGAAUUGCGAGGACUGCGCGACUUUCGCGUUUACCUCGCCGACGACCGCAUGUACGAGCAUAUCGCGGAGGGAGCCGUCCUCGGUCGUAGGAGCAGAUCCCGACACGAUUUACCUUUCGUGGUUUGACUUUUCUUUCCUUUUUAUUCAUCUCGCUUUUUUUUAACCCCCUGCCCCAAUAUCUCUUUGCACAUCCAUCAACGGUUGGUGAUAUCUCAUCGAAUCUUAC